AACAAGCUCUAUGUCAGACAGGGCAAGGAAAGGCAACCCAGUCCUGUUGGAAGAUGUGGGAGGUACUGGAAACCCUGCUAUUCCCGAUCAUCGCCAUCUUAUGGGCCUUUCAAUGGCCCCUCCCCGACGAGGGAUUCGCGCUUCUCUUCCUCAUACUGCUGCUCUGGCAGGUCCAGAGGGGCCAUGUUGAAAUGUGGAAGAAGGAAGACCAAGUCUACAACCUGGGAGAUCGGAGCCCAGUCCAAAGCCCUGCUAACCACCCUGCUUUCAUCCUGCAUCAGCAUCGUCUGAAGUAUUGGCUUCAGGACACAUCGGAUGAAGUUUGGAGGCUGGGCCAAGAACACACCAAGGAUCCAGAAGCCAACCUGAUUCUCCUGAAAAGGUUCGGCUUGGACACCUUCAGCGGCAAAGACAGCUGCAUCAUCUGCCAAUACCUCAGGAACGAGGUCCAGAGGCUCCCAACACCCCCCGAAGGCUGGGAGAAGUUGCCUAGGCCCAGAAUGUCUUUCUGCCAAGUCUCACAGCCAGAAGACUCCAAAUUGGCCCAGUGUACCUGUAGCGCAGGGACCCUGCCUCCCCGCAGGGUUGAAAGACCUCAGAUUCUUCAGGUAGAGGAGAAUCGUCAGCAGCACUGCAAGCCACAGACAUUCCCAUGCUCUGGCCGCAGACAGUCAGAAAGCCCUAAAGAGAAAGACUAUAAGGACCUGAGACAAACUUCUCUUAAGCUGCAGGCUCUGCCUGAGGCCCUGUCCGUGGGAAUGAAGGCCUUCUCCCAACCCUCUCUCCUCAGCCCUAAGACCCGCAGCCUCCUGGAGCAGCACUUGAAGUCCAUGCUCCACUUCCAGCAACUGGGGCUGCCCAGAUGGAUAUUGGAGGCUCAGAGUCUGUUAGCGCCUCAGGUGGGAGAUCAAGACAUCCCAUCCAGCUUUCCCUGGAGAAAAGGUGCAGUCAUGCCCAAAGACUCCAUCAGGAUGAAGAUGCUGAAUAGCAAAAAGGAGGAGUACGUGGAGGAGCACGUGGUCCAAAAAAGCCAUCAAAAAAUCCCCUCGGUGGUGCCCAGUGGUCAGGGAGACACCAGCUGCUCGCCACCACAGGCCCCUCUCAGCUCACAGGGCCCCCCAGCUCUCUCUGGCCCCAGAGGUCCGGCUCCCACCAUGGCAACCUCCCUUUCUCCAGACCCUGUAGAGACCAAACUUCGGACACCGGACCAGAGGGCAGCUUCUUUUCUGAAACUGAGUUCAAACCUCAAAGUGCGGGAGGACCAACGACUCCUGGUCAAGCCAACGGUCCUGCCCGAGGCUUCGAUUAAGAGCCUGGAUUCGGUCUUGCAGCAGAAGUACAUGGAUUUCCUCUCUGGGUUUUCUCUUAUGUACAACAGAGCCAUCAGCAGUGCUGUGUCUCGAGCCGGACUUGCCCGGAUUUCACUAAGCACGGAGGGCAAGCCUGCCCCGAUCGAAGACCGUUUGGAGUGCAACGUGGCAGAUGAAUCGAACAGGGAGAAAUCUAAAGAGCCAAAACUCUCUCCGACUGCCGACUGCAAAGGGUCUUCACUGGGCAGUAGGCAACGUCACCACACCAAGGAAGCUCAGGACCACAACCAACCUUUGACCCAAAUGGCCAGGGCUCCACAGCAAAAGAGCCAGGGCCCACACCAUCUAGGUUCAUGCCCCUCCAAGAUGUCUCUUUGCCCUCCUGGGGCUGCAAGAGGCUUGGAGGCUCCCACGGGAGUCCAGGGGAGGAAGAAGAAUGUCGGUGAAAGCCACAGCAGAGGCCCUCUCUCUGCCCUGGCAGCAAGAAGUAUGGCAUAUACCCAGUCCAGUGGCCCUCAGGUUUCCACCUCAGGCCCAGCAAGGCACAGCAGGGGCUGCCAGACGAUGACCAGAGCCAUGAUUUUUGAAAAGCUGAAGUUGUGGUUCAGCUCCAUUGAUAGAGGCCAGCAGGUGGGCAUCGGUGCCAGGGCUCAGCUGACAGCCGCCUCAGGGGAGCUAAAGAAGAGCUCUGCCUCUUCGGGGAACUCCAAGCCACUCUUCCCUCAGGGUCCCUCUACCCUGCAGCCAGGAUUCUCAGCCCUGCUGGUCCGUGGGCCUUGCCCGACACACCCCCAGACAUCUUCCUCAGGAUGUCUUCCUGGGGCUCGGGUCAAAUAGGCCCAGGACCCCCUCAUCUCUUCACAGAGAUCAAAAUCCAUCAGAGACCUCGUGCUAAAGGGAAUCAGUUCUAGCUAUAGCCCAGUCAUCAGUUUCAUUCAUUAUCAUGGUCUCCUUUCAAAUAUAGUGCUCCUUCUGCAAGAAA